AUGUCCUCUUCCUCCUCUGCUGCUGCUAGACCUUCGGACCCCUCAACCGGCGUUCAUUUCCGUCAAGCCUUCAGCUACAAAGACCUCGACGCCGAUGGCCACCACCAGGAUGUUGUCUAUAUGGACGACCAAUCACAAGAACAGCUAAUCCAAGAGCUACAAGAACAAGACCUAGCACACAACGAAUUCUAUAGCAAAGCACUCAGGCUCCUGACCGCCUCGGCGAUUCCGUACUUCGUGAUCCGAUGGUACUUCUACUGGUCGGCGGGCGGCUGGGUACUCAACAACAACGUCUUCUUUCUCGGCUCACUGGUGAUAUCGUUUUCCUGCGUGCCGGAAGUAACAGCGGCGAGGCACCUCAGACACCGGGACGAGAGACGGACACGGCUGCAGACUGGGAACAUCAUCUUUAGCUGUCUCUUGUGUUUCUGGACGUGGACGAAGAUUUACUCGCUCGGUAUUCGCGAGGGGCCGGGAGUCCACGAGGAAUAUGUUUGUGUUUUUCCGUUUUUGAUAGCAGUUAUGGGGUAUGGCAUGGAGAGGAUGAUGGAGGCCGUGAAUUUUGGGGAGUUGGAGCAUUUGAGGUACCAGUACAAGGGUGCUUGA